UAGAAGCGUUACGUUACAGUCGAGCGUCAUCAGACGGAAGUGCUGUUAGUAGCGUGGAGUGAGCUAGUUGUUUCGACAGGCGGGAGUUUUGUAAAAAUGUCCUCGAGUGAUUUUUAUCUUAGGUACUAUGUUGGGCACAAGGGCAAAUUUGGGCACGAGUUUUUGGAGUUCGAGUUUCGGCCGGACGGAAAACUCAGAUAUGCCAACAACAGUAACUACAAGAAUGAUGUCAUGAUCCGGAAAGAGGCAUACGUGCACAAAAGUGUAAUGGAGGAACUGAAGAGGAUUAUUGACGACAGUGAAAUCACAAAAGAGGACGAUGCAUUGUGGCCACCGCCAGACAGAGUGGGCAGACAGGAGCUGGAAAUCGUCAUAGGCGAUGAACACAUUUCAUUCACAACUUCCAAGAUUGGCUCUCUGAUCGAUGUUAACCAGUCCAAGGACCCAGAAGGACUCAGAGUUUUCUACUAUCUGGUUCAAGAUCUGAAGUGUCUUGUUUUCAGUCUCAUUGGUUUACACUUCAAAAUCAAGCCAAUCUAAACAUUGAGUGAGACUUUGACUUCUUUUUGAAGAUUUGUACAUUGCUUUUAAUUUGCUUUUUUUCUGUAUUUUGAAUAAAUUUGGAAAUUGC